CUCGAGAUGCGAUCCUGGGAAGGGGCUUGUCCUGCGAUGAUGGCAUGAUCGCAGUCUUGGCGCUGCCCAAGGUCUUUUUCCUUGCAUUUCAUGUAACGGCAGGUUUGCGUCCUUUAGAUUGUGACGGAGUUGAAGAAGACGGUGUUCGCUGGGACGUGGUGAGAUCAGAUCUCUGCCACGCUUUGGGGGAGGUGAUCCACAAUGGCGCUUUGUCGCGGGACCUGCAUGCAGCCAAGGACUCCAAAGGUCGCGACCCUGCCGUGUCCUAUGGAGAUGUUCAGCUGCAGCGCCAUUUGGAACGUUUCCAGAAACUGGUCCUGGUCCUCCCUGAACGGAGCAGGUGUCCUUUGGGAAGGCAUUGCCUGAGAAUCUUGGUGUCUGUCUUGUACUCUGGCUUGCCCUGGGAUGCCUGGUUCCAGCGCUACGAGGAAGAUCUGUGGGGCCUCGUCCACGGCACAAACUGGACAGAGGCAUUGUCCGGCGGCUGGCCAGUCUUUGAAGUGCUCUUUCUGGUGGCAGAUCUCUACGGAGGUGAACAACUUCCAGAAGAUUGUCGCAGCGUGGAGUCCAAACUACGGGCCUUGGAGAAGCUCAUUGGCGAUCCAGAGAUCAUGAAGCAUGCUGCACCUCUAUUGCGACAGACAUGUCCACUUGCACGCUCUGCAGCGGCUGCCGCACUGGCAGCCGCUGGCAUGCGUGCGAAUGGCGGGCGAUUGCAAAUAGGAAUGUCUCCAGGCGUUGACGUUGGCCUGCUGGCACAAACGCAGGCAGCCGCGCGCCUGGCAGCAGGGCGGCACAGUGGUGGACCAAAGGCCAUUUUUGCCCAGCCCCUUCCAUCGUUGUUACUGCGCUUGGACACGGCCCACAAGAAGUUCCAUCGUGCAUGGAUGAGACGUGGCCGGGUGGACAUUAUUUACUGUGGUCAACUCGACAUUGAAGAGAAACUGCAGGAAAUUUGCAAAGGAAUUGAAGGAGAAUGCAUUGUCCACUUCUUUCAGCACAACAGUUCUCAGAGACGUGCACCAGAGUGUUUUCAGCACUAUCGGUCUGCAGGGCGAAUGGUGUCUGCAGCUGCCAGUGUGUCGGCUUCAGCAUCAUGGAGUACUUUGUUGGUGAGCCCCAGCACCUGGACUUGGACGGAGGACUCAGGUCGCGAUCUGCAGAAACUUCUGCAGGAGCGUCAUAAGUUUGCCAGGGAUGUCGCCUUGGCUGGAUUGCCCACCAUCAACCGCUCCAAAAUAUUUAAUUGGCCUGUGCGGCGUGUGAUCCACAAGUAUUGGAAGCUGGCAUACCACGAGUAUGCAACGGGUCAUGAGACCUCGCCCUUCUUGCCGCUAGCGCAAUUUUGGGCAGUUGGUGAUACCACGAGCGGCACGCGAGUCUAUGGAACCAGAACCUUCUCUAGUUUGAUGACUCGUUUGGAAAAGCAAGAGCUGGAGUACGUGGCAGCACUACCUGGGUUUGAGGCUUUCAGCAGAGGAGACGGAGCCCGAGUUCCUGCAAUCGAAGCAGCGCUGGCCAGUGAGAAUGAGGGCGCCGAAGAUUGGUUCGUGAUGCUGGACUUGCUUGGGAAGGAUGCGGGCCUUCGGGCGUAUACUUACCUGAAUGGAGCAUCAUUGGAAGACAGUUACCAAUCAGCUGCCAGACUAUCCCCGCGACUCUCACAGACCUUUCACAUCGAGGCAGCACACUUUCUGCCUGCGAAGGGUAGUCCAGGUCGACCCCAGGAGCAUUGUCUAUUUCCGUAUACUUCACUUGCUGGCAGCUUCACUCAGACCCACGGAGUCGUGGUGAGCUGGUGCACCAGGAAGUUCUUGCAUCAAAUGUUUCGAGAUGUUGGCGGGUGGUGGCUGGGCAUGGAUCCCUUACGUCACAUCAUUGUGCCAGUCUCCGCCAGUGUUUUGAACUUGUACCGCAGUGGAGAGACAGAACUGUUUCCUUGGGAUGCAGAUAUUGAUGCCAAUUUCAUUGCCUCGCAUCCAGUGGUCAUUGGGAGCCUGCUUGAAGAGCAUGAAGAAACGCUAAAGCGAAUGGGCUAUACCUACAUUCUCCGUGGCGAUCGCGUGGUAUUCCGGACUUUGGAGGACACAGCUCGCAUGGACAUUUGGAUCUCUGGCCCGCAAGAUGUGCGUGCUUUUGACAUUCGAGCACGACUUUGUGGUGUGCGUGUGAACUUCUUCAGGGACCAAUUGAUGGGCUCAGUGUGGUACUACCGACCGGGGGAGAAGAUCUAUGGCAACACUCGCGGAAAACUGCUUCAUUGCCAAUGGAAGGGACACAACGCGUGUCUGCCCGACUGUGUGCGAAACGGGCUGGGAGUUGGUAAGGAUGGCUGCGAAUUUCCAGAUCGCUUUGUACACCUCUUCACCUAGCGGAUGCGACCUUCAUCCAGAAACACGCCGGGCAAAGCACAGCAUCACGGAGCGAGGGCAGCCGAGCGGCAACGGCGGGGAACGGUGCUCGACUUGCGGUGAGUUACAUCAAGACAUGCCUCCAGCGGUUUGGCCCAGUGAAGUCCAGCUAUGGACGCUAUGGUGGACACGGAUGCUGUGCGCAAUGAGUCCUAAUUGGAUGGUGGCUAGGGAGCAUAACUUGGCCGGUUUGUUUAGUUGAUGCAAAGGGCUUAAAAGGGUCACCAUGGGUCACCUUUGCACCAUGCCAGAAGCAAGCGCUGACGUUUGCACGGCAGAACAUUCGUCGCACGUGAUUGUUGUUCAU